AUGCUUAUAUAUCCUCGUCAGAGACAUUCACUGGCACUGGAAAAGGAUGGUCCACGUGGUGCAGUAUACCGGUACUCGAAAAAUGGAUGGAUCAACGAAGACCUUUUCAUAGAUUGGUUGAAACACUUUGCUGCUGUCACAAAACCUUCUGAAACUGAGCCAAUACUUCUCAUUUUGGACAAUCACAGCAGCCACAUUUCUUUGAGAGCUUAUGAAUUUUGCAAGGAGAGUAACAUAGUUAUGCUGUCAUUACCACCACACGGCUCCCACCGGAUCCAGCCCUUGGAUGUUUCCAUUUAUGGUCCUCUCAAAACUGCCUAUAAGCAGGAAUGCAAUAUUUUGAUGAAAACUGAAUUAGGACGAAAAAUCACACAAAACGACAUUGCCUCGCUUUUUAGAAAAGCUUAUCAAAAAAUAGCAAGCAUCCCAAAAGCUGAAGCAGGAUUUGCUGCUACUGGAAUAUAUCCCCUAAACCCAGACGUGUUCACGGAUGAAGACUUCCUAGCUGCUGAAAUUUUAAACAGCAGUGAAUUAAUGAUAUCCGUAGAAGAAAGGCGCAACCAGGAUAAUAAAACUCCAGAAGUUCAAACCAUCUCACUGAACACAGAACCACACAUGUCAUCAUCCAAUUCACCAUCACUUCUCAUGAACCAAAACCAAAUAGCACCAGAAACUAAUAUUGUGGAAUCUACUCAAGUUCUGCUCCCUUUCAUAGAUAAUGCCACUCCAUCUACUUCAGCAGCUACCGCCAAAGAUCUUCUACCAGUUCCAAAGAAAUCCACAAACAGUAAGAAAGUGCAGGGAGCCUCUCGAAAACAACAUGCAACAGUACUCACAAAUACUCCUUUCAAGGAAGCUCUGAUACAAAAAGAAGAAAGAAAAUUGACGAAGGAAAAGAAGAAACAAUGUGGCGUAAAAAUGAAACUAGAAACAAAGACAAGGAAAAGACCAGCUAAACCUGCUACUGUCAGAAAGGUGAAAAAGAAGCUGCUUCAGGAUAAUAACAAGGAUCAAAAUUUAUCAGACUCGCAAAUCGAUAUGGCUGACGUACGCGAUGAUGAUGACACCGAUGUCGAAGAUCUUGAGAACAAAUGCAUGUUAUGCGACGAUUAUGGUCGCAACAACGAGCUUUGGUACAGGUGCGUACAGUGUGGCCUUUGGGCGCAUGCCGAGUGCUCGGGUUAUGAGUCACCCGAAGGCUACGUGUGCGAUUUGUGCCGAUAA